UUUUAUCUCGUGACAAGUCUCGGAAAUAUUUUAGUAAUUCGCGCCUUAUUCAAAGCUUCAUCAAUAACAGCCAACGUCAAGAAGCUGUUCCUUAGUCUGGCUUUCUCUGAUCUUGGGGUGGGAUUGGUGUCGCAGCUAAUGGCCGGCAUUAUUUAUGCAGUGAUACUGAACACAGCAUCAAAAGAAGACUACAACUUAACGCCACUUUGUUCAACAGUUAUAAAUUUGAACUGUUCUCUCUUCUUUUUCCUCUGCGCUGCAUCUCUCCUAAUUCUCACGACCAUUGCAUGCGACAGACUUCUCGCUGUUUCGCUCCAUCUGCGAUAUCAAGAGCUUGUGACGUCCAAACGUGUCACUAUAGUAGUGAUAUCCAUAUGGUUAACAAGUUGUAUCACUGCCUUGAUAUACAUUUUCCUUUCGAAAAGCAAUGAAAUGGUAGCUGCAGUUAUUUUACUGGUCUGGUAGGGUACGUUUUGACAACAGUGGCCUAUCUUCGUAUUUACAAAGUCGUCAAAUAUCACCAGAAUCAGAUAUACGGUCAAAAUCAGCUUCAAAAUGCAAAAACAGGGCAGGAACUCAGACAAAGGAAGUCCGCUUAUAAUGCUUUAUUUGUCUAUUUUGGUUUUCUAGUUUGUUUGUUAUUCCUUUUUUGCCUUCUACAAUAUUGUACUCGACUAAUACUUCUGAAAUUUCGUUUCGUUUCUCAUAGCCAAAUAUGCGUCGUUCUUUUUUAAUUUACCUGAAUUCAUCAUAAAAUAUUAUUGUUUAUUGCUGGCAGUAUCGAGAGAUACGCCAAAUUGUAAAAAGCACAAUCAAGAAAAUACUUCGUUUGGACGAGAAUAUGACGUGAGGAUGCGACGUUCUACAAGACGAAAUUUGCAGAGAACGCGCAAUUGUAGAAGGAAACUGGGACGAGUUAANUAUCUAUAUGGUUAACAAGUUUUAUCACUGCCUUGAUAUACAUUUUCCUUCCGAAAAGCAAUCAAAUGGUAGCUUCAGUUAUUUUACUGGUAGGGUAUUUUCUGACAACAGUGACAUAUGUUCGUAUUUACAAAGUCGUCAAAUAUCACCAGAAUCAGAUAUACAGUCAAAAUCAGCUUCAAAAUGCAAAAACAAGGGAGGCACUCAGACAAAGGAAGUCCGCUUAUAAUGCUUUAUUUGUCUAUUUUGUUUUUCUAGUUUGUUAUCUUCCUUUUUUGCCUUCUGUAAUAUUGUACUUCAUUAAUACUUCUGAAAUUUCGUUUUUCAUAGCCAAAUUUUCGUCGUUAUUUUUAAUUUACCUGAAUUCAUCAUUAAAUCCAAUUGUUUAUUGCUGGCGGUACCGAGAGAUUCGCCAAAUUGUAAAAAGCACAAUGAAGAAAAUACUUCGUUUAGACGAGAAUAUGACGUGA